UUGCACAUGCCGUUCCAUGGUCGAGUGGAAUUGCACUGUCAGGUGCGCUUAGUGGCCAGAUCAUCUUGUCCUCAGGUUUGUGCCCCGCAGUAACAUCGGAGACCGCUUCGCGGACGAAUGCCAGCCAAGUUUACCGUUUCGCUAGAGCCGGUACGACUUUACUUGUGUUCGGUUGUGAAGGUGGGACCGCACGACGAUUGGCCGAAAAUCGGCUUGAACGUCUCGUGAUUGGUGGAUCAGAAACGGACUUCAAGGGGUGUGACACGAGAUGUUCGGUCCACAUUACGACGAUGGUCUUGCGGCAUCUUGUGCUUGUCCAUGCGAGCGGAGACUCACAGCCGACGCCAAACUCCAUUUUUCCGAACGGGGAAAGGAUCCACGUAGUCGUACUGCUCGCAGUCGGCUCGUACCAAAAGCACACCAAAGAGAACUCUCUCGGUGGUUAAAUUUAUCUUCGCGUGGGGUAUCUAUUACGAGAAAUCUCGAGCGAUUUCUGAUUGCCCAAAAAAAAAACUUGCCAACAUCACCCACUACAGGACUCAGCAAACCUCCGUCCGUUUAGCCACUCGCCAACUCGACGCUUUCUCCUUAGACACAUUUGGCCAUGAGCUGGAUCGACAAGUAUAAUGUGGCUGUUCCCUCCUACCAAGUCACGGACGGCAAGGUUUUCUUCGUUAUCAAGCUCACCCAGAGCGACUCUGGCGUGGCUGUCCCAGCGUCGCAUUCGUCCAACGUCGUAUGCACGACGUUGCGCUCAUAUUCGCAGUUCCGUCGCAUGUGGAAGACGCUCCGUGAGCGCGUGAACGAGCCGGUUGAACGCACAAGACGUCACCACCCGAUGAAUCUUGGCUUAACGCACAAAUGCCGCUGCGCCGAUAGCCGUUGCGAGUUUGAUGGACUGUACCCGAUGCUGCAAUCAUUUCCGUUCCCGUCGCGCCGGUCGCUGCGCUCCAAGCUCACAGGUCUCGACCAUUCCGCUGUCAACCAGCGCCGCGACGCUCUGGCAGCUUUUGUGGCGCUUUUACAUGAAUUCUUCAGCAACUUUGCGAGUACAGUAUUGCGCGAAAAACUACAGAACAGCAAAUGUUCGGUGCUCAAGACGUAUGUGAAUUUCCUAGGUGCUGCCGAAUACUUUCCGACCGACGCGUCGGUAAUGCUACACCGCCCGCUGGCAUUGAAUGCCUGGAGACAACAGUGCGCCGAUCAGAUGCUUAGUCAAGACGAGGAGGAAGACAACAGUUGCUUCAACGACAACGUUCAUCUCACUGCCCCACGCGCAGUGGAACUUCGUAUUGGAGAGGACGCGACGUCUUCUCCAAGUGAAGAAAAGAACGUAGAACCAGCAACGCUUCCGUCCUUGCAGGUGAAGCCUGUGCGCGUUCACACCAUCCAUUCGUUCAUGGAAGAAUUCUGUGAGCACGUUCUUAGCCAAUUUGCAAGCGACAUCGACGAACUCAACUCGCCCGAACUCACCCCUUCCCGUCGCUGGGAGAUCUGCCUGUACGUUGCGUGCCGAAUCGGCCACACGUACGCCGUGCAGCUCAUCCUAUUCAAUUACGCUGAUGCCAACACUGCCAUGGCGGACGGCUCCUCAUGUCUGCAUAUUGCAGCUCGUAUGGGCCGAACCGACAUUGUGUCUCUCCUGCUCGACGAAGGUGCUGAUGUCAACAAAGCCAACGAUGCCGGUGUCACGCCGCUAAUAGCAGCUUGUCGCAACGGAUGCGUCGACGUCGUGAAGCUUCUUCUUGACACUGGAGCCAGGGUGUCGGUCUGUAGUAAACGCGGCACGUAUCCUCUUCACGCCGCUAUUGUCUCCCAGAAUAUCGAGAUCGUAUCGAUGCUCGUGGAACGUGGUGCCAACGUGAACGUCAUGACUGCUAGUGGCAUCACACCGCUGCAUUUUGCAGCCAAACUGGGCUCGCUGGCCAUUUCCGAGUACCUAUUGCGCCACGACGCUGACCCGGAGAAACGUACCAAAAACGACAGCGACGCCAUGAUGAUCGCGGAGGCCAAUGGCCAUGCUACUAUCUGCGAGUUGUUCCAGCGCUUUUCGGGCGUCGUCACCAGUGAGCACGUGGGAUCGGACUACAAGCUCAAUAUGAGCGAGACCGGCAAGUCUCCAGACAUGGUGCGCAUGCUCUCGCAGCGCCGAUUGUCCCGCGCAGCAGCCUAGGAAGAAGAGCUCUUGUUCUUCAGGCAACAAUUAUCUAUAAAGCAGCAGCCAGCCACGUUCGAUCGAAGAACGUGAACGAGGAAGAGGUUGGCUUUGCACUGCGUUAUUUAUUCCUACCGUAGUAGAGCAAUACACAUGACACUUUUCAUGAUAAUA